AUGUGUGCGUAUGUUAACAAGGGACAGGUUCUUGUGCGACUUCUACCUCCAUUUCUCAUUUUGGAGUUUGUGUUUGGCGUCAUUGGCAAUGGCUUGGCCCUCUGGAUCUUCUAUCACAUGAAACCGUGGAGGAGCAGCACGGUGUUCCUCUUCAACCUGGCGCUGGCCGAUUUCCUGCUCAACAUGGCCCUUCCACUGCGCGCCAGCUACUACCUCUCUGGGAUCGACUGGAAGUUCGGCGAUGCUUUCUGCCGCAUCUCCCUCUUCAUGCUGGCCAUGAACCGCGGCGGCAGCGUCCUCUUUCUGACCGCUGUUGCUGUGGACCGCUACCUGCGGGUGGUGCACCCUCACCACUCUCUCAACUCCAUGACCGCGGGGAAGGCGACGUGUGUGGCAGCGCUUCUCUGGAUUAUCACCAUCACGUUGAACAUCUCUCUCCUCAUGGAGACGAAACUCGUUCAGACAAAUGAAACUACUAAGUGUGAGAGCUUCAGCAACCAGAACAAGUACCACAGUGUGCUUUUCUUUGUGGAAUUUCUCAUCUCACUGGGCAUCAUUACCUUCUGUACAACUCACACAUAUGCACAUCUGCGUAAGAGGUGUAUGGACAGGCACAUCAGGCGGGUCAUGCUGUGUCUGGCUCUGGUCAUGGUGAUGUUCACCGUUUGUUUUUUGCCCUGCAACAUCACACGGGUCCUGAUCUGGGUGAGGAACACACAGCCGACGGACUAUGAAGGCACUGAGGCUCUUGAGAUGACCUUCUACAUCACAAUUAGCUUGACCUAUCUCAACAGCAUGCUCGAUCCGGUCCUCUACUACUUCUCCAGUCCCACUUUUAAAAGGACCCUCAAUGAGAUGGUGACCAAACUCAUGCAGAAAAGAAGAAAGAAGCUCCUGGAGGAGCAGAGAAUUCAUAUAAAUGGACUAUUUACACUGGAUUAUUUACUGCACUUUAAGACAUGACUUGUCUAGAUCGAUCUUUUACAUAAAAAUGGGCUUUGGAAACAUGAGCAAAAAUGAAAAAAGACAAUUUACACAGCAAUCUGCAGCAAAGCAUCCAGCUACAGCAGGGACGAUGUAACUGCAUCUGAAGGUAUUAUGCUUACGCUUACACCCAUAUGCUGAAAUAAAUAUCUCAU